CUCCGAUCUAGCUCCGAUUCAUUUCUGAUGACUCCGGGCCCUUCCACCUCUAGCCGCUCGGUCCCUUCGAUUCUCCCUUUAAGAGGCGGAGGUUCGCACAUUACUCGAGCGUCAAGCUGUUCUCCCGCUUCUCACAUUGACCUCGAAAACAUUCUUCUUGCCGGCUCGUCCUCUUGUCGCACACCAGCCCCCGACUGUCAGCAUGUUGCGACCACUUUUUCCCCGUGCCUCCAGAGCACUCAGGAUAGCCUCCAUUCCGACGCAGAGCCGGCUAGCACUACCAUGGCAAGGGGCGGCAAGGUCAUACAGCGUCCAGGCUCAGGCGGCCUCUUCUGCGAAGCCUCUCGGUCUGGAUGCCUCGAAGCUGAGCAUCGAGAAGACCAAGUCCCCUGGCAGUCUCGGAAAACCCGAGGAGCUGGUUUUCGGCAGGAAAUUCACAGACCAUAUGCUUACCAUUGAGUGGAACGAGCGCGAGGGCUGGCUGGCGCCGCGCAUCAUUCCCUACCAGAACCUCUCUCUCGACCCGGCCACGUGCGUCUUCCACUACGCCUUCGAGUGUUUCGAGGGCUUGAAAGCCUACAAGGACCAGAGCGGCAACAUUCGUCUGUUCCGCCCGGACAGGAACAUGGCCCGGCUCAACAAGUCGGCCGCCCGUAUUGCCCUGCCCACCUUCGAGCCCACCGCCCUGAUCGAGCUCAUCGCCCGCCUCGUCCGGCUAGAUGAGCGCUUCAUCCCGGAAGCGCGCGGCUACUCCCUCUACCUGCGCCCGACCAUGAUCGGCACCCAGAAGACCCUCGGCGUCGGUCCCCCGGGCUCCGCCCUCCUCUACGUCAUCGCCUCCCCCGUCGGCCCGUACUACCCGACCGGCUUCAAGGCCAUCUCGCUCGAGGCCACCGACUACGCCGUCCGCGCAUGGCCCGGCGGCGUCGGCGACAAGAAGCUCGGCGCCAACUACGCGCCCUGCAUCGUGCCGCAGCUCCAGGCGGCCAGCCGCGGCCACCAGCAGAACCUGUGGCUCUUCGGGGAGGAGGAGUACGUGACCGAGGUCGGCACCAUGAACAUGUUCGCCGCCGUCAGGGACCGCGCGACGGGCCAGAAGGAGCUCGUCACGGCGCCGCUCGACGGCACCAUCCUCGAGGGCGUCACCCGCGACUCGGUCCUCUCCCUCGCCCGCGAGAAGCUCGUCCCGGAAGGGUGGAAGGUCUCCGAGCGCAAGUACACGAUGCAGAAGCUGGACGAGGCUUCGCAGGAGGGCCGGCUCAUCGAGGCUUUCGGCACCGGCACCGCUGCCGUCGUGAGCCCCGUCCGGUCCAUUGCUUGGAAGGGCAAGACGGUCACUUGUGGCCUGGCCGAGACGGAGGAGUCGGGUGAGAUUGCGACUCGGAUGAAGGGAUGGAUCGAGGGCAGGCAGUAUGGAGAUGAGGAGCAUGAGUGGAGUUGUGUCGUCGCAUAAGAAAGAAGAAAGAAAGAAGAAAGCAGAAAAGAACAGGCAUAGGAGCGUUAGAACGGAAACUGGAUUGCCACGGGGAAGCUACGGUGGAAAGCAGGUCGUGUUUCUAGCGCCAUCCUGCGCUGCCGAGAGGGACAUAUUCCAUUUUGUAAGAGCGGAGCAUGUGUUGUUUAAUUUACAGAUACUUGUAGACGAGGAAGAUUGCGACUACAUAGACCUUCGACCCACCGGAGCAAGCCACAAGGGAUAUGAGAUGUCGAGGCUCAUUCCAGGAUACCAUAGAGUCAGGCUACGAGUUGGCGCACGGUAGUAGAAAAAAAAUCGUCCGUUAUUCUUGAUAGGAAGAGAUCCGACAAAAUUGAGCGUUGUGCAUGGAGGUC